UUCCACGAAAACGAGCAUUCAAUAAUGGCGGUGAAAUUACUUCUGAGAAUUCAAUCCAUUUUAAUAUUUACGCAUUGAAAGCAAUAACUGUGAUGUGAAGAUUUAGGUGUAGGGUUAAGAUAUUUUGUAUUGGUUCGAUGGGACGUGGAAGGAGUUGCCCGCUCAAAUGAGUCAGUUGCCGAAUAAGCACCAUCGCCCUGAGGCGACUUACAGAAGUUGUUCUCAGUCAUUGCCUCUUGAUAUCCUAUGGUUGCCGCGGUCGUCGUUCCGGCCAGCGGAGGGCGAGCUGGCGGACUGCGUUCUGGUGGUGGGCGUGUCGCGGCCCAAGCUAGCCGCGGCGCUGCUCUCCGUCACGCUACUGUCGCUCUUUCUCACCUUCCAUGUCCUCUAUGACAGCGCACUCUAUAGCAUACAGGCGGCCAGCAUGGCGUCGGCUGCUAGCGAGAAUCGCAAGAUGUUGCUUAGCCAAGAGAGUGACACGCGUACCAUCAGUCACCCCAUGGCGUUACGAAAGAGACUUAGACCUCCUAAGCAGCCUAGACCUGCUCGAAGACUUCCACAGGCUUUAAUCAUCGGCGUCCGGAAAUGUGGCACUCGAGCUCUCCUGGAAAUGCUGUACCUACAUCCGAUGGUCCAAAAGGCUUCCGGAGAAGUUCAUUUCUUCGACAGAGAUGAGAACUACGCUUUGGGCCUGGAAUGGUACAGAAGUAAAAUGCCAUUGUCGUUCAAAGGACAAAUCACAAUUGAGAAGAGUCCCAGCUAUUUUGUUACGCCAGAGGUACCAGAACGCGUUCGGGCAAUGAACUCCUCAGUCCGUCUUCUACUAAUAGUCCGGGAACCAGUUACACGAGCGAUAUCCGACUACACGCAACUACGAAGUCGGGCCACACCAUCUGUGCCAGCCCAAUCUCAGUUAACCGGACAAGCUAUUGCCAACACUGCGAAACCGUUCGAACAUCUAGCCAUCUCUCCAGACGGGUCUAUCAACGUGGCUUACAGGCCGAUAGCGAUAUCUCUAUAUCACGCUCAUCUGCAUCGUUGGCUGGAGGUGUUUCCACGAGAACAAAUCCUGGUUGUCAACGGCGACCAGCUUAUUGAAGACCCAGUGCCUCAGUUGCGUCGGAUCGAGAAGUUCCUUGGACUCGAACAUAAAAUAGGAAGGAAAAAUUUCUACUUCAAUGAAACAAAAGGCUUCUAUUGCCUCCGCAACGACACGACAGACAAAUGUUUGCGCGAGACAAAAGGUCGUAAGCACCCGAGAGUCGAUCCCACCGUUGUGACUAAACUGAGGAAGUUCUUUAUACAGCACAACCAGAAAUUCUACGAUCUCGUCGGAGAGGAUCUUGGCUGGCCUGAAGAUUAAAAGGUUGCUUGGAAAACAGAAAAAAAAAAAAAACAAAAUAAACCAUAAUAUAUCCAAAAACACCAUAAUUUCUAUAUAUGAUUUACUAAUGAAAUUAUAUGAGUAUACACCGUAGCAAUUAAAAAAAAAUGUUUUACAAAAAUUUAUCUUCACUUAACAAAAUUUAGAGAUUUAGGCAAAUAAAUACCAAGCAAUAAAAUUUUAGGGUUGAAUUAUAAAGUAAUUGGAUUUCAGACGCCUUGUUAAUAAAGAAUUAAAUAUAAUGAAUGUUGUGAUCAGAUACAUAUCAAAAGUAAAUUAUUAAAUAUUUCUUAAAGUAAAUAAUACAUAUCAUUAGAAUGUAAUUUUUUUUAAUCUUUACGUAUAUACAUUUAAAGAUAGUGUAAGUCACGCAGGAACAAAAUUUUAUUGAUCUUGUAAUUUUCAUAAAAUAUUAUUUAUUUACUAGCAAAAAUAUAUUUAUAAUAUUAUGAAUUAAUGAUUCAGUUGGCUAUACAAAUUUUAUGAGAACCACUUUUUGAAUUAUUAAAAACGUUUAAAAUAGAAGUUUGCACUAGGAAAGGGAACAAUGUAAUGAAUGGCACUGAACCGCAAUACUUAAUAUAAAUAAUAUCAAGAUAAAGUUCAUGGAAAAACAAACAAAAUUCGUACAUAAACACACGGGUAACGUGUUUUUUUUUCUAUAUCCGCGUUCAAUACCUAAAUUCAACUAAGGAUGUAAAAGGAAGAAUUGAAAAAACAAUCUUAAACAUAAUGUCUGAAAAGGCGUUGUUCUCAACUACCUUCCGAUUGCCAAGAAUAGGAAAACUAUUUUCACCUAAAUAAUUAAUCAGUGUGGUGGGUGCCAUUUCGCAUGAUGAAUGUAUUCACGAGCUAGUUUAUAUAUGAAAAGAUCAAAAUUGUAUAACGUACGCCAAUUUAUUAAGCGCUGUUUUAAAAACCAAAAAAAAACCGACCCAUUGGUAUCUUGAGCAAUAUAUUUUUGUAAAUGUAAUUAAGGAUUUUAUUAAGUAUACAGAAUUACGACACAGUCGUGAUUUUUCAUACGAUUUGUGAUUAUUUUUUUUAGUACAGAAAUUGAAUAUAAGUAAGUACUAAGAAUGCGUGUUGUAAAAUAGAUUUCAAGCUUUCCUCUAUUUAGAUGUUGUGAUUGGUCGUGUGUUAUUGUAGUUGUUUUACAUAUAAAAAUAAAUAUUUCGUUUUGUCGCUAAAGAGAAAGUCCUAUUCUUCGAAAUUAAUACAAAUUAGUAGAUUAAUAAAUGUUAUUAUAAUCUUCUCGUAGCGUCUAAAUUGCGGAUUCUUAAUUUUAUCUAUAUCAAUGUUUUAUUAGUUCAUAGUCUUCUCUUGGUUACUGGUCUUCGACUAAUACGUGUUAGUUUUUUUGGUAGUAGGUGCCGAUUGAAUGUGUCAACGCCGUUAUUAAUAAGAACUGGUGUGAAGCAAUUCUACGCGGGUUGAGAGUAUUCUUUAUAAGUGUAACAAUAAAGACUGAAAAGAGUUAGUUGAAUAAGUCUAAGUAAUAUCUUUAUAGCUUAAAUGUCCAUAGCUAUUACGGGAGACGGCGAGCCCUUUAGCAAAGCAACAUCGAUGUUGGGCAGUUAGGAGAUUUAGUUUAUUUAAGUAGUAUUUGCUUCGGUGUUAAAUUUGUUCAGAGUCAACGAAUAUUUAUAUGUUUUUAUAUUAUAAUAAUAAUAUCGCAUCAUUUGCGGACACUUUUGACAUUGUCAGAAAAUAUGCAAUAAGUACACAUUAUUAAGUAAUAUAAAGAACGAUCUUGAUUCACCAUUGAACGGGAUGUGUUGAAAAUCUAGUAUUUACCAGACACAGGGAUUUGACAGACUUAACAUAAUACAUAUUAUAAGUGAAAAUAUCUUCUAUUCUCGAUUAAAAAUUUCCAAAAAAUAUCAAGAUGAUUGUUAUAGAUAUUAUAUGUUAUAUUAAUAUAUGAUAAAUUUUCCAUAUUCCUUAAUUAGUGUCAACCCAAAAAUUACCGUUAUUUUAUUUGUACACACUUCAUUAUAGCUUAGAGAAAAUACAAUUUUCAACACAUCACGUCUCACAAGAAUAUCAAGCAUAUCAAUAUUAUAAUAAAUAUUAAAUAGUUACUACACUAAUAUUUUAUAAAUUUAAAUAAUAUUUAGAUAACAAGAAUCUUUGAUUUAAGUAUUGAAUUAGUCUGUGGAUAAUUUAAUCACUGUUAAAUGUUGUGCACUUUCGUAAAGUGUAGUUGAAACUUUUAUUAGUGAGAUAAAUUUAUUAGUUUUUUUUUUUUUGUGUACAAAGUGGAUUCAUGAUGUUUUCAAUUUCUACAACACUUAUUAGGUUUAACUAUAUUUUAGAAUCAGUUCACGGCGAGGGAGAAUGAAUUAUCUUGUCUUUUAGAAUAGCUGAAAUUCAGAGUUUGACCGUUUGAUGGUACAAUGAAGAUAAUUUCGCACCGAUUAAAGGCAUAAUCCUUCUUCCGACCCCGGGACGACCGCCGCGAAUCAUUGCGGAGUGAGAAGAGUUCUCUUUCACUCUCACUGUCGUGGCGUGCAACCUCUUUGAAAGGACAUAAGACCUACAACGACUACACACAGACUAAAACAGACACUUGAAAAUAAUUCAAAAAUUAAAAAAAAUCAAGAGAGAAAUGGAACGAGGGCGUACGUGACUAGUGGCAGGCAAUACUUUUUUUGACUUCCUACAGAACGGACACAUUCCGCCAACUCUAGUAUGAUGAUGGCCUCGCAGAAGCUAAGCAUUGCCUUCCAGAACUCGUACAUCAUGACCUCUACUGUCGACAGCGACGACUCCGUCCCUUUUUUUUCCCUACCUACGCUGUCUAUGCUGCUAUCAGCUUCGUCCUAACGUGUAGGUGAGCUCACAGGGCUCAAACCAGAGUGGUACUAACACUGGCCCUAGCAAGAGCAGUGCUUCGCAGAAUCUACCACCGUAUCGGAAACGCAACCCACUGAGAAGAUCCGGCGAGAAACUCAGUGGGCUGUGUCUGUGGGACUCCGUCCCAUUAGCGCGACAAAGACACGACGCUGUCUCUCUCAAACUUGCUAGCUAGAUACUUCGUAUGUUCCAUAGCAUCUUCGUCACAGCAACAAUGGUAGUUCUCCGUCACGGCGAGAUGCAUCUAGUUCAGCUUUUUUUUUAUUGCUUGGAAGACAGUCAAGUUACGGCCCAAAUGAUCGUGAGUUGUCAUUGUUACUCGUGAAAAUCAAGAAAAAGGAGACUUCAUAGCUCUUAGGAAAUAUCAGGCUUCAAAAAAAGAAAUCUCUGGAAACGAAAAAUCUUCACUGCGGAUGAGCGCGGUGAGUAAAAUGGAGAUGCGACCGUUUAGAGAUUUUUGUGAAUCUGGAUUUUGUGGAAAAUAUAACCUAUUUAGUCUUUCAUAA